AUGCCGUACGCAUACCCGCCGCGCAGCCCGACGCUCUCCGUCGCGACGGCAACGACGCCGGCCCCCGAGCUGCUCGCGCUGGACUUCGCGGGCGUCGAGCUGUGCCCGAGCCCCGCGACCGCGCUCUCGUGCUCGUACCAGAGCUCGCACGUGCUGCCCGCCUCCCCGCGCGACUCUCCCGUUGACAACGGGCCGGCGUUCCUGAGCUCGCCGCUGGAGAUAUCGAGCCACGGGCUCGACUACGACGACGACGACGACGACCGCGCGCCGCUGCUUGGGCCGGGCGCGCCCGAACCUAGCAGCAGCCCCGGGCCGCGCACGCGCCGGCUGUUCCCGCACGCGACGCACAGCGUCUUCCUCGGGACGUCCCGCGCCGCGAGCAUCCGCGCGGCCCUCGCGUUCCCCCCGCGGCGCCGCGCGCGCACCGUCGACGACACCCUCCCCCUCCGCGCCGUGCAGCACAGCCCUGGCCCCGCCCCUGACGGCAGGACUCACGUGCACGCCCACUCGGACGGCGGCAUCCGCGCAGAGUCCCCGCACACGUGGCGCGCGUUUGGUCUGCGGCGCCACGCGACCCUGCCCGUCUUCGUCUUCGGCGCCGUCCCGGAGGAGGCGGUGGCGCCCGGGCCGGGGCCGGCGGGCGGCUUCCGCGGGACGGACCAGCGUCCUCGCAAGGCGCGCACAAGCAAUUCAUCCUGGGGCGACCAACUCCGGCUGCGCGAGAGCAUCUCGCCCGCGGCGUUCGGCGCGGCGACCGGCGCAGAGGAGCUCGCCGAGUUGGACGAGCCGGUGCGCGAGGCGCUGUACGUCAACGCGGCGCUGCGGGCGCGCGGGCUGGCGUACGAGCCCGUGGUUCCGCCUGCCAGUGCCCGGGCGGGUGAGCACGUGAGCGCCAACCUGAGUCGGCGCAAGUACCCGGUGCGCGUGUCGUCGCUGAACCCGGGGCCGGUCGUGAGCCAGGACAUCGCGGCGCUGCACGUGGCGGUGGAGGAGCUGCUCAGCGAGACGAGCCAGAUCACGUCGACGCCGUCGCUCCAGGCGAGGGCGCCGAGACAGCCGCAGAGCCGCGCGCUGCCGACGCCGCCGCUGAAGCUUACGGCGGGGUCCGGGCGGCAGAAUGUGACGCCGCUGCGCGCGGCGCGCUCCGUGCCGGACUUCCGCUCCGUAAGGAUCGCGGUGUCAGCAAGCUGA